CGUCGCGCGGAGUGCCUUUGUCCUCGUCGCGGCCGUGCUCUCUCUCUCUCUCUCUCACUCUCUCUCUCUCUGUUCGUCUCUCCCUCUCUCGCUCGCUCGGUCUCUCGUCGCAAGCUCGCGCGGCCGCUUGCGAUUGCAACGAGACUCGACUCGAGAGGCAGCGCUCGACAGCGAAGGGAUCGAGCGGGUAAAUAAGAGCCGCGGCAGCCCCGGAAAGCUGCGCGCGCGCGCUCGCGCGUCACGUCCCAUCCGCCCCCGCGCGGCUCAAAGAGCGAGCUAAGCGGCGGCGGCGGCGGCGGCGGCGGCAGCGGCAGCGGCAGCGGCGACGGCGGCGGCGGCGGCGCAGCCCAUCAAGAAUAGCGUAGUAGUAGUCAGUCGGCGAGCGCCGGGCGUACUCGCAGUCUCGCCUCGUCCAGUCCGCGAGCCGCGGUCCACAAGGGGAUCAGCCACCGCUGCGUACGCGCGUCGUCGCGAGGGCGCACACACACGCACACACGCACACCGGCGAGGAGCACGUGCGGCACCGACAGCGCGAGAGGCCGAGGAGAGCGCGCGCCCUCGCAACACCUGUUACUUGUUUUUGCGCGCGCUCGUUGGUGCGUCGUUGCUGUCGGUUCUUGUGCGACGAUGACGUUGCAGUGAGGUGUGCCGCCGCGGGGAAAAAGCACGGCGAGCUGCCGCAGAGAUGAGCGACUCCGUCGCGGCGCUGUGGACAACCGGGGCCUCGAUGCGCGCGAACCCGCAGCGACAGCAGCAGCAGCAGCAGCAGCAGCAGCAGCAGCAGCAGCAGCAGCCGCGAUAGGGCGACAGCGAGUCCGAAUGCGCGGCUGCGAGCGGACGCUCGGCCAAGCAAGAAGCGGAGUCUAUGGCCGAGGUGUUGGUGGCCCGUCUGCGCGGCGCUGGGGCUGGCGGCGGCCGAGCACCUGCCAGCAGUGAGAUGCCGUCGGACGCCGACGAGCCGUCCUCCGCGGGCAGCGCGACCGGGGCCGGGCGCGGGCCGAGCGACGGCCCCGGCGGCGAGGCCGGCGUGAAGGGCGGCCUGAUCCGGUCGAUGCACGUGGCCUCCUGGCACGAGCACGUCUACGCCACGCCGCCGCGGACGCCCACGCCGCACCGCAUCAGCGACAUCCUCGGCUGGGGCGCCGCGGCCGCCGCCGCCAGGGGCAAGCUGCUCGCGCCGACGCCCCGCCGGCUGGCCGCGAGCCCGCUGAUCCGGGCGCCGCUGCCGAUCUACUCGCCGCUGCCGGCGCACUCGCCCGCGUCCGUGCACACGGCCAGCCUCACGUCGCCGCCCUGCACGCCCAGCCCGGCCUCGCCGAUCGCGUCGCCGGCCUCCGCGGCCGGCUACCUGGCGGCCAGCUCGGCCGACGACUGCGACGACCGGCCGCUCAACCUGUCCACGGGCUCCCGGCGCGCCGCCAGGUCGCCCUCGUCCUCCUCCUCGUCCUCGUCGGCGCUCGGCUGCGCGCAGCAGCAGCCCUUCCGGGAGCCGCCCGGCGACCCCUUCAUCUUCGCGCUGCACCACCACCAUCCGUUCCCGCACAACGGCCAGACCGCCACGGAGCUGCUCAGCCAGCAGGCCAGCAAGCUGGCCGCCGCGGCUGCCGCCGCCGCCGCCGCCGCCGCCGCCGCCACCGCCAGAUCGCCCGUCAAAGAGACCAGCGGCAAGUCGAGCGGCUCGAGCAGCAAGCGAAAGCGCCCGGACUCGGCCAACUCGUUGACGGCGACGUCGACGCCGCUAGCCGCGGUGGCGUCCACGAUAGCGACAGCCGCGGCGGCCGUGGCGAAGGACACGCCGGCCGCGUCGACCUCGUCGUCGGCCUCGGUCAAGUCGCUGGACGCGGCCAACACCAGACCGCCGUCGGUGGCAUCCACCGUCGACUCGCUGCCCGAGGACGCGGACGCCGCCGAGAGGAAAAAGAAGAAAGCGCGCACCACCUUCACCGGCCGCCAGAUCUUCGAGCUGGAGAAGCAGUUCGAGGUCAAGAAGUACCUGAGCUCCUCCGAGCGCGCCGAGAUGGCCAAGCUUCUCAACGUCACCGAGACACAGGUGAAGAUUUGGUUUCAAAACCGUCGCACCAAGUGGAAGAAGCAGGACAACAUAAGCAACGCCGAGGCGGCCGAGCACAAGAACCAGACGACCACGCCGAAGUCCAAGUCGUCGUCGUCCAAGUCGUCGUCGAAGGAGAUCGAGGCGAGCUCGGACUCGAACAACUCGCUGCUGGUGAGCGACGGUGGCAAUUCGGUGCCCGACAGCAACGGCAGCGGCAACCGCAAUCUCGCCUCGCCCGCCGAACUUGCCAGGCUCCAGCCCAGGAUAAUGGACGACACGGAGGACGAGACUGCGGCCUCGUCGCCGCCGGCAGCAGCAGUAGUGGCAGUGACAACAACAACAGCAGCAGCAGCAGCAGCAGCAGCAGCAGCAACGUCGUCCGAAGCCCUCGGCAAGAACGACGCCGACGACGAGGACGACGAGGUCGACGAGGACGUCGCCACCGACAAGGUCGAGGAGGUCAAAGACGAGGAGCCGCCCAACAGCUAACCAGCUCCGUGACGUGUGUGCAAGCUUAGGACGAGAUCUGCAUUUAACUCGGGACUUUGUACAAUUGCGCGGGACGCCGACGACUGCUCUCGUGGUCGAUAGGCGAGCGGGCAGCGGUCGCUGUUUUCUAUGCGGCACGCGCGACCCGGGCUUUUUCGGACGCAGCUUGUACGUCGAGAGGAGCCCGAAUACAAAAAUAAUAAUGCGAGAAUUGGGGGCGAUACACGCGAGAGUCCCGCGACUGUGAUUUUAACCGAUUUCCUGCCUCACUCGCUCACUCACACAUACAUACACACACACACACAAACGCAUGCACACACACGCGCAAGCACGUGCUGAGAGCCGCUUUUCUUUCCUAAACUGCGCAAGUUUGCGCGAUAUCGGCGUGGGCAGGGAGAGGUCGACAUGCUUCCUUUUUCUCUUGCUUUCCGAAAAUACUACAUGCCGAUUAAGCGAUUCUUGAUUGGUGGGUUGGGUUUAUCGACUGCGACGAUCUGGUCGGGCUGCUGUUUCCUUCCAAGUCUUGCAACACGUCGAGCCCGAACUUAGCUGUGUAUUUUCGAGGUGAAAAUAAUUCAUUCGGCGAUUGGCUCUUAAAAAGAACAAAAAAGAAAGAAAAGAAAAAGAAAAUGCCAGCUCAUCUAAAUUUAACCUCAACGAUUGCUCCAAUUCACAGAUACACACGUGCAAUAUUUAAUAAUAAGCGAUCUUGUCCGUUAAGGCCAUCCGAAUCUGCAGCGAUCUCAAGAAAGUUACGUAGUUGCUCGGUUGGCGCAAACAUUGGCGUAGCACUGUAAGGAGAUCGAGCAGAGUUACCAGCCGCCGCGUCGCAAUUGUAAAUAAAGCGCAAAUGAGCUCUCGACGAAGGCAACUCCUCGGCUGAGCUUGCCGCAAAGAAAAAAGGGAAAAAAGGCGCACCACUGUAUCAUAUUAGAGAAGAGAGGCUCACAAACUGUCUACAAGAACAUGAUCAUCGUCAUCGCACGUGCGACGGCUCGCGCAUAAACGUACCUGCCGAUGCCAGACACUUCUGCUCCGAUACCCUUGCAAAGCGUACACGCGAAAGAAAAAAUAGAAAAAAGAAAAAAAAAGAGUGCAAGCAGCCUCGAUUCCUCUUCCUUUUCAGCUCGACUGCUCGUGCAAUUACGUACCGUUAUCAUUAUCGUUUUGCAACUUUCUCUCCUCCUUCGUUCGAGAGUGCUAACAGUAGGAACGUAGCUCGUUCGCGAAUUAAAACUGAAGAUAUGCGGCUAGAUGACCAAAGAAUAUGUAAAAGUAUAUAUUAUAAUAAAUGACGAAUAAGCCAAAAAAAAAAGAAUAAAAAAAGUAAAAAAAAAAGAGAAAAAAGAUGGACUUCCACGUAUGUACGAUUGCGUAAAAACAAUAUGAAACAAUUGCUCCUAAGCUGUACAUGUGAUGUUUCGAUAAGUAUUUCGCUCUUGUUUUCCGCGAGCGCAGCCGUUUUGUUUUCCUCGUUCCAUCUCUUUUGUCUCCUUUCGAUUCUUACAUACGCUCUACAUUUCUCUCGUUCUGAAACCGCUUUGUAUUUCGUGCGUAUAACUCGUAGCUUGCUGUAUGGUUUAUUGAGAGAACUGAUAUAUAUGUAUAUAUAUAUAUAUACACGGACGACAAUGCCCGGUUAUUGAAUGAUCAUUUGAAUGCAAAAGGGAAUCAUAAGACUGCGAGCACAUGCAAUUUUAAUUGAAUUUACAAUAUAAAUAAUAAUGUGAAUACCGAAGCUUUUGUAGUAGUAUCGUUUCUCUACUAUUGUGCCAUUUUUGUUUGCCGCGCUGUACCGCUUGUUUAAAAGUUUUCUCUGAUUACCAUGUUAAAAGCCAUAAAUUUCGGAUGGAAAAGAAUAUAUAGGAAUUGAAAAUCUUUUAAAGAUUGUCGGAGGCGAUCGGUAUCGUUAGAGUGUACGUCGAGAACGACGCGCGACAUUGAUUUGAUCAUUCAAAACUCGAUCCUGUCGGAAACUUGAAGCUUCCUCGAAAAAUAAAUAAGUAAAUAAGAUUUAUCUGUAAAUCGAAGAACUGCAUUAUUUAGAUAAGUUUUUAGUCAAAUGCAUUUGUUAAUAAAUGAUAAAUAAGAAAACAGGGUUACUCGUAGUCUUCUAAAUUUACUAAAUAUGUGUCAAAAAGCUAUUGCGUAUUUUAUAUUUACGAUAUUUUGGAAUAAGGUGUGAAGACUGUCGAACCGACAGAAAAGCACCGAGGUGUAUAUUAUAUAUAAAAACCAGAAAAAAAGAAAAAACAACCACUAAGCAAACUUGAAUAUUUUUCUUUCUCUUUAUUGCUCGCUCCAAAUGCGAAUCGUUUUUGUUCCGAAAUGUAUAUUAUACGAAAUAAAUCCGACGACGACAACGGCAAUUACUGCCGCGCAAACACACAUACAAACACACAGACUCACGUACACGCACGGAGAGACUCGCGCAUAUAGCUUGUAAUCGGCUAAUAAAAACGUUUUCUCGCGAUAACAUUAUUGAUAAUAACGCUUAUCACAAACUAGGUUAUAAUCUUCGUAAGAUAUAUAAAGCGAUGCGAAUGGUGGCGGCAACAAAAUACAAAGUUGGUGAGACUCUAUACGAUAUGUAUAAUGAAGAGAGAGAGAGAGAGAGAGAGAGAGAGAGUGAGAGAGAGAGCAACAAGUAAACAAUAAACACAUACACGCACACACCUGCAUACGAAACGAACCUUCAGCCAAUUGAAAUUGUCAGCCGUUGUAGUUUUGCAAUAAUUGCGCCGACAAGUCCUCGUGAUAUAAAUAUAAUAAACAACUCGUCGUUGUGCGCGGAAUGUGUUACUUGGGGGGAGGGGGGUUCCUUGCGAGCGGAGACUCAUUUCGAAAGAUCUCUCUUUUCUUUGCUCCGGUCGAUGAAUUACCAUUAUUCACUUUAUCAGGCGGGGCGAAAUGCGCAAAUGGGAAAAAUUUUAAGUGAGAAGCAGAAGAGGAGUUUGUCGAUAUUUUUUGCGCCAAAGAACAAAAGUGUCAAUAAAAUUGAGAUAUAAUAUAGAUCCUAACUGAAUUGUAUUCAUUAUUUGAUCCUACAUGAAAGCACAUCACGAGACGAUUGACUCUCGAAUCGCUCGCGUGCAGCAUUGUUGUAAUACACUGUGAUACACGUAUAGAAAAUAUCGUCUCUUUUUUUUCUUUUAAAUGCUUCUUUUUUUUACAACGAUUCAGCUGCAUUUGCACAAAUAACAUUUUAUCCAGCAAGCACUUCAUAAUAAUAACAAAAAAAAACAGGAAAAGAAAUAACGAGGAACGAGAUAACAAAUUGAUCGAACAAUUCAGCGGCAGCAGAAGCGAACCCAUUGUCUUAAUCACCGGGAUGGAGCGUCGUGUUCUUUUUUCAGCGCAGCUGGUAAAAGACGCAGCGGUCGCAUCGUUUAAGGGUUCAGUGACAGCUGUCGAAAUUGCAUCUCUCGCCGUCGACAGUCUGAAAUCGCGCGUGAUUAAAUGCGACGAUCGGCGAGAAAGAAAUGCAUAAUCUCCAUUGUUCAAAAUCUAAACGUCGUUUGGUAGCUAUACCACGAAAAUCCGGUUUGAUUUUUUUUAUCACGGUCGUAAAUGAACAUUCA